CAGUAAUAAACUAGACACAGGCCAACAGCCACUGCCCUUACCAUGAAGACAGUAGAUACCUUUGUAUUCCUUGCUCUGGCAUUUGUCUGCUGCUUCUCAGGUAUUGCCAGCAAAGAUAUAAAUAAGCUUUUGCAGGAUGAGUGCAUGGAAUUUUGGCCGCUCUUACGCAGUGGGCUUUUUUAUUGCAAUAGAGAUAACAACCCCGUCCGCGGCCCUGAUGGCAAAACACACACCAACAAAUGCGUCAUGUGUAGACAGAUGAUGGCAAGUCAAAUAAAUAAUGGAUUAACGGGUGGAGGAGAAAAUGUGAUCAGAAGUCCGACAGGAAAGGAUGAGUGCAGUGAAUUUCGAUCACAAGUCAAUGCUAACGGAGAACUCAUCUGCACAAAAGAGAAUGACCCCGUGCGUGACGCUUCUGGCCGGCAGCACAGCAACAAGUGUCUCAUGUGUGCAGAGAAGUUCAUAGAAGAUGCUCAAAGAGGCAUCCAGUUUGGUAGAAAUACGCAGCAACAAACUGUGAACAGCCUUGAUGGGAAGAGCACGUAUCAGAACAGCUGCAGCCAGUCUGGUGGGACCUCUCCCUGCCCUGCCGAUAGUCAGGCUGCUCAGGGCGAUAGCAGACCAAACAGCGGGUAUGGAGGCACACAGCAAGGCACAGCUCAGUACAGUGGAAUCUGUGGAACACAGUCUGGCAUCAACCAAAGAGAGAACCAAGGUGUUGGCAAUGGCAUUAUCAUUCCGAUGGACUGCAGGCGGAUUCUGCAUGGAAUAAAGGGUGACGCAAUUCUCUGCAGAAAUUCCUGGGAACCCAUUUGUGGCACGGAUGGAAAAACAUACAGCAACAUAUGCUUCUUGUGUUCGGAGAUGAUGAGAACUGGAAACAGCAUUACAGUAAGGACUGAGGGGGAAUGUGCCAAUGCUGCUUCAGCAAAGGUCAACUGCAGUCAGUACCCCCAAACCAAAGGGAGAGUACUGUGCACCCACAUGUCCCAGAUGGUGUGUGGAACAGAUGGUAUGACAUACAGCAGCGAGUGUAUGCUGUGCAAUCAAAUCCUGUAA